AAAGGAAAUGUAAAGAUUUAAGAGGCAGGCCCCUGAAAGGAGGGUAGAUAUAGGGCCCUGUUAUCCCCACCAGCAACACCACAUUAUUCGGCAUCACCUCUUCCCCUCUCCCAUAUUAAACCCAUUACCAUUACCAUUACCAUUACCAACAUACUUCCAAACUCACACCCCACAUCAACAUUCAUUUCAUCUUUUCCACUUACUUUCCCAUUAAUCUUCAAUCCUAAACCACUCUACACUUUUACUCUCAACAAUUCAUCUUCAAUCAACACACCAAUUGCUCAAAUCCCAAUCAAUCCACUCCUCAAAUCGGACCAACACCCCUCCACUUCCCCUCUUUUCCUUUUUUCCUGUUUCGGCCAUGCUCCCCACACUACAUUGAACACCAAUCCGCAGCUUUAGAUUCUCCCACUUCGAGGCCUUUUAUUCUUCUCUCGUCUUUCCUGAGGUAAUCGGAAUGGGGAAUGCCAACGGGAGGGAGGACGGCGGCAGCGACACCCAAUCGGUGGUCGAGGACUCCGCCGCCGCGCAGGUUAGCAUGGCCGAUCAGGAUGCUGCGCACGGCCCCGAGUACAUGGGAGGCCACUCGCCCCCUUCUAGUCCUAGGGCUUCUCAGUCGCCUCUCAUGUUCAGACCUCAGAUGCCAGUGGUUCCUCUACAAAGACCUGAUGAGUUGAACAUCCCUAGCCCUUCAUGGAUGCAGACUAACUCAGGUUAUGAGGAUGUGUAUAAUGAGCAAGGAAUUCCAACUAUGAUCACAUGGAGCUACGGAGGCAAGGAAGUCUCCGUGGAGGGGUCAUGGGAUAGCUGGAAGUCAAGGAAGCCCUUACAGAGAUCGGGGAAAGACUUCACCAUCAUGAAGGUACUUCCUUCAGGAGUUUACCAGUACAGGUUUCUCGUAGAUGGACAAUGGAGGCAUUCUCCUGAUCUGCCCUGGGAGCAGGAUGAUUCAGGAAAUGCUUAUAACGUUUUAGAUUUGCAGGAUUAUGUUCCAGAAGAUAUAGAUAGCAUUUCUGGUUUUGAACCGCCUCAAUCACCCGACUCUAGCUACAACAACACUCAACUCGGUCAAGAGGAUUUUGGGAAGGAGCCACCCAUGGUUCCACCGCAUCUCAAUUUGACAUUACUGAAUGCACCAUCACCCCAGAUGGAGAUUCCGCCUCCUUACUCAAGACCGCAGCAUGUAGUGCUAAACCAUCUUUACAUGCACAGAGAUAGGAGCCGCCCGUCUGUCGUGGCACUUGGUUCUACCAAUCGCUUCCUUUCCAAAUACGUGACGGUGGUGCUUUACAAGUCCAUACAGAGGUAAAGAUUGUGCUAUGACUUUAGCCUUGAUUUCUCAGUGUACUUGAUAACAAUCAGAGAUACAUGUCAGGUAAAUUGCUUAUGUUGGAUUCAGAAAUAGCCAUACGAGGAAUAUUUGAAAAUCUGUGUUCAUGUGCAAUUAUUACUUGUUUAUUGUUUCUCA